CCGAAGCCUGAGGAGCAUAUGAAAUGAACGAUUCAAAUAAAUAAGUGCAAAAAGAGAUAUAAACGGGAAUUGUGAAAGUGAAGUGCGAAAAUCGAAAUGCGCCAAAGCAAACGCUCCAACGAAUUGUGGAAUCAAUACCAGUACCAGUACCAGAACCGAAACCGAAACCAAAACCGAGACCAAAGUCAAGGAUCCAGCGAAGCAGUCCGUCGUGCGACGAUGGGGCGGAACAAAGGAGUCGCCGCCGGAUCAGGAGCAGUCAACUGUGGCCUGUUGAUGCUCCUACUCCUCCUCCAGCUGGUGGGUGAGCGCCUGGCGACGCCAUCGCCGUCCUCCAUGCAGGCGCCACAGAAACGAGGUGGCAGUGGCAGCGGUGGAGGUAGUGGCGGCGGAGGCGGCGGCGGCGGGGGCGGUGGGAGUGGCAGCUCGUCGGACGUGUCGCGGGACCACUGCAACAAGACGGUGGACAUUUUCGAGGACAUCAGCUCGCCGGAGGUCAGCAACCAGAACGUGGGCCGCCCGCUGACGUGCUGGUACCGCUUUAGAACGCUGAAGGGGGCGCCCCGGGACUUUGUGCUGCGCCUGCGGUUCAAGAAGUUCAAAGUGGGUCAGCUGCUCAAUGCCACCCACUGCGAGGGAGGCUAUUUGCAGAUUGUUGAUGGCAACGCCAAGACGGAUGUCUCCAAUCGCAGGGAGCCCGGAAUGUUCUGCGGGGAGGCGGAGCAGCCUCAGACAUUCAUCAGCGAGACCAGCUACGUGAAGGUGCUCUUCCACACGGACAACUUUACGGAUCAGACCUACUUCACAUUCGAUUCACGCGCCGAACAACAAACCGAAGUCUAUCUGCGAUACGGCCAACAUCCGGAAUUAUAUCCAAAUCGUCGCGGCGAAGUUGUCCAAGGAUCCUACUGCGAACGGGAGUAUCGGGAUUGUCGCCUCCAGACCUGCUAUGUUCAAUCGCCCGCGUAUCCUGGCCUGUAUCCUCGGGCCCUGAAUUGUCGCUAUAAGUUGCACACUCGCCAGCCGUACAUUAAAUUGUAUCUGCAGAACGAACAGUUUGCUGUGGAUGGCCAAAGGUGUGAGAACGUGAUGACCUGUCCGAUCAGGCCGAUUGGAUCUGGUAACGAGCACUGUCCCUACGAUUGGCUGGCGGUCUACGAUGGCCGCGACGAGCACUCGCCGCUGAUAGGGAAGUUCUGCGGCCUGGGCAAGUUCCCGUUCAGCAUUAUUGGCACAUCGCAAUAUAUGUAUGUGGAGUUUGUGACCUCGCCGGCAGGUCCGCUGCUCAACACGGGCUUCCAUUUCAACGUUGGCAACUGGCCAGGACAUGUGGAGACGGCCGGCAUCAAGCACGGCGUCUGCGACUGGCUACUGAGCUCCGACUCGCUCAAGGACAGCAGUGCCAGCGAGGGCAUCUUCCUCAGCAUCGCCCACUGGUAUCCGCCGAACACGUCCUGCAGCUACCACAUCAAAGGACAUGUCGGCGAAAUUGUGCGCCUUUAUUUCCCCAGUUUCCGCAUCAAUCGCAUCGAAUCUCCGAUUUUGAAGUACGAAGGCGACUGCGGGGAAUCCCUGACGAUCUACGACUCAGAUCACGCCGAUCCCGCGCGAAUCAUCAAGACCUUCUGCGAUACCUUCUCGCGACCCAUGGAGAAAGUGGACUUUGUGAGCACCAGUCCCUCGCUGUACGUUCAGUUCGACUCAAAGACGGGCAGCUAUAGUGGCAGCUCACUGUACUACUGGGCGCACUAUGAUUUCUUCAACAACACCCGCUUCGGGGAUCCAGUGCCGAACACUCUGUGCGACGAGGUGAUGUACGCCUGGAAGCAUCCGGGUGGUCGUCUACGAUCGCCCCUGAAUUCCCUGAUUUUCAAGCGAACCGGCGGCAGUGAUGUCCGCUGCCAGUAUAAGUUUGUGACCGACCGCAGGCUGUAUGCCAGAGCAAUAAUCGAGGUGAAUGCGGUGUCCUUCAAGGAACUGCCCUACAACAGCAAUGCCUGCACUCGCUGCCACGAGGAGCGUGUGGAUAAGCUGGUGAUUUGGGAGGAGCGGGACAAGUACCAGAACAACCUGGCCUGCUUUUGCGACAACAUCCCGAGGGCGGUGAGAGUUAUUUCGUCGGCGGACCAGAUGAACCUCGAGAUGAUUGUGCAGGGCCAACAUGCCAUUACGUCCUAUUUCAAGAACCCGAAUCCCCUGUUCGAGGCCACCUAUGAGUUUGCCCAUGGUCCGUUGUGUGGGCCCAUCACCCUGGGACCUUCGCCGGACGGUGAACUGGUCUUUCCGUACAAGAAGGCUUUGGCCAUGGUGUCGGGACCCAUGGCCCCGCCAGAGCACCAUUACCGCCGGGAGAAGUGCAUCUGGGAACUGAAGGUGGCCGCCCAGCGGGACUUGUGGCUGAAUCUGGAGAAAGCCCGCUUCGCGGACCGCAGCUGUGAAAGUGCCAAGAUCGAGGUCUAUUUGGCCGGACGCCUGGAGCCCCGCUUUGUGGUCUGCCCGGAGAACAUAUCGCUGGCCAGGGAUUUGCCCAUACUGACCACAGCGGAACUGGGAGCCACGGGCGCCGAUCAGGAACCCCUGCCCGUGCUCAUCCAAUACACGGGAGAUGGCCAGCCGGGCCGCAACCUCUUCCGGCUGGUUUGGACGGAACUCUUCCACCUGCCCCGCAAUCCUGACGGCAGCUUGGCUGCCUCACUCCUCCAGGAUGGCGGCUGCGAUUUCCGAUGUCCCGGUGACACCGACGUCUGCAUUCCAAAGCACUUGAUCUGCAAUGGCAUAGCCAACUGUCCAAAUGUGACGCACACCUCGACCUUGUCGCAACUUACGCGACAUAUCGAGUGGAAUCUGGAGCAGCUGGGACUACUUCAUCACGCUGGCGAGUACCAGCAGUUGGUGCUGCAUGACGAGUCACCCGAGAUCUGUCUCAAGCACGAUCUCAGCGAGCUGCCAUACGGGAAGUUGGCUUUGAUUACCCUGGGACUGUGUCUCAUGUUCGCCCUGCUUUUCGCGAUUCUCAGACGGAUGUGCAGGAGUUCGUCUAAGCAGCAGGGAAGGCAUCACCUGCAGGAGGAUUACUAAGUAUCACUAAGAGACCAUUUCAGAAUGGUUUCUUUUUGGCACAUUUUUUACUCCAAGAGGAGUUUCUUGUGACUUUAUUUAACCAGCUUUGAGAUAUUCCCAAUUAAAACUAUUAAUUUAUUCUCCUUAAUGUUUUUCUAUGUUUCAUUUCAUAACUGUUUUAUGUAUUUAUUCCAAUAAU